CCCGACUCGCUCCUUCAAGUUCUGGCAUAUUCCAGAAUCCUGGGGAAAUAAUAUGUGGUAAAUGGCUUUUUAUAUAAGACCCACUUUCUCUCCAGAGCUGUUCUUUAUCCCACUCCAUUUUCAAACAGUGAGCCUUGGCAGGAAUCCUGCCACUUCUCCCCUUUUCUGUUAGUAUUUUGCUGCUGUUUGCAGCCUUAUGGGGCUCCUUUCGCUGCUGCUCUUCUUUGCACUAGCGAACCGGAAAGGUCCAAGGUGUAUAUUCAUGAAAACGUAGUCCUACUCGGUCUUUGAUAAAUGGAGAUACUUGUUUUUAAAGCUUCCUUACUGUCAAGGGUUUUUCGUUUUCUUUGUUACCGUCGUAAGUCUCUCUCUCUUGUGGUGGUUGUUUUUGAAUCAUGGCGAUUUAAAUUUGUCUUUCCUUACCCUCACAUUAAUCCCUAGGUAGAAUUCAUUGCUGUAGUGUUUCAAACCGACGCUAGGGGUGUGUCUCCCGCCUCUGUCACCGUGGCCAAGAAAUCAACGACGCCCUUUUAGCCUGUUACCUUACCGGUUCUCUUGCUCCGGGUAGCCGCUGUAGUUUCCUCUUUGCAAUCACGAACUGUAUACGUAGUAGUUAAAGUUCGCAGUGCUUUUCCAUGUAAGAUAUUCAAACAUGGAAUUUGGUGGUUACACUUUUUCUAAAAGUCUUCAAACAGUUGUCAGAAGAUUUUUAGACCGAUUGUUUGACGUUGGGUAAUUUCUUGUAUUGUAUUUCACCCCGUAUGUAGAAAUCAAGUAUUUGAAAAUAGAGUGGUGGAUUAGUGAAGAGAGAAAUUCAGUUGAUUGCAACUUAAAAUCAAUUUGGUGUGAUUGUGAGGGGACAGAGUGAAACUAGAAAAUUCAAGUAAGUCAGCUUUUACUGAAAAUACAGGGCAAAAGAUUAAGUGCACUUUUCAGUGUACUUAAAAUCCAGAUUAAGAACAGACUUAAUAAAUGAUUAGUGAUUUUGAUAUAUAGAGGAAAAUUUUCCUGUCAACUUGGGAGGCUGCUCAGAGACAACUUUGGCCGUCAAAGUUACAAAACUUAGGUUUUUCCAGACUACUACAGAAAGCAGCUUAGAUCAAGGCCCUUCACAGAGCAGUCUUUUUGUUGCCAUAGUUUUUUGGAGUUAGGAAUUGCACUUUAGUGCUUUAAUACCACUUCCUUAUACAUAUAUUUUACUUGACGGUCAGGAUCUUGAAGAUCUUUGGCCAUUGCAGUGAAUGUUUUUACCUGCAUUUCAUUGUGAGGAGUAACGAUCCAACUUUUUGUUGCUUGUGUAUUAUAUAUCAGAAUGCGCUGUUUUCCAAGUAGUUUGCUUGCUUGCUCGCUUGUUUUCUGUAGUGUGUCCCCUCAGGAACCUCCUCUCCCCCUUUUUUUGUUCUUAAAUUUACUUUCCUGGUACUCAGUGUUUUCUUAUCUUUAAAAAUGUUAAGAUUUAUUUUAUGAUGUUUUCUUAUAGGUGAUUAUUUCCCUCUUUCUAGUUUCCUCUUUAGUAUUUAUUUUCUGAUUUACUCUUGGUUCUUUUAGUCUACCAUUCUCUCAAUUCCAUUUCAAGACCUAGUUAAUUUGUUGUGACAGAGGCCUCCCAACUUUAGGAUUAUUUUGGUCUGUUGAAUGUAGUAGCACUGAAAGUGUCAAGACGAUACCUAUAGCUGAAUUCUGCUAUAUAGGAUAUUAAUUAGCUCAAAUAAAUUGGGCUUUGGAGUGAUCUGGUUCACUGUUCUAGUUAAUGGAGUAUAACGUUCUGAAAAUUUUCACUCCCUUUGGAAAACUUUAUUAUAACUCUUACUGAGUAUCAUGAACCUGUUUACAGUUUUGUCAGUGGGUUUUAAUUUAGGAAUUAACUUACAAUAUCACUGAUUAAUUCAAGUAAGGGGAAGGUAAAAAGAUUGGAUUGAACCUAUCAACAAUCUUUUCUGACAGGUAUUUAUUUUAGUUGCUACAUUAAAUAUACUUUAUUUCUUCUUUGCCUAAGAGUUCAGUCUUUCCCUCCCUUCACCUCUUUUUGAAUUUUAAACUGUUGAGCAUCCAGGCGGGAUGAAGAUUUUAUAUCCACAACACACACACACUUGAGUACUGUGCUUCUAGGAUUUUUUCCCUUACUGGUCAGUUGUCUAUGGUAAAAUAAAUAUUUGUUUAUAGAAAUACAUAAAUAGAUAACUUCACCAUUUUUUCUAUAGGUGGGCAUGUGUAUUUAAAUAGAGUACUUCAGUGUUAAUGGCAUGCAGAGGAAUGUAAAAAGAAUGAUAAAAUAGAGUGUUUAGGUCUGUGGGAUUGAAAAGUUUUUGGAGGAGUAAAUUUUUAAGGGCAUUUUUAGAAACUCAGUUAACUUUUCAUGUAUCAGAAAUAGUUUUUCUUACCAUGUACUUAGGAUAAUUUAAAAAUAGGAUUUUAUUUUGGAUGCAUAUAUGAAUAUAGUGCAUAAGUAAUUGGCUUUUCUUUUAAAUUUUGUUUCUUGGGAAACCUUAUAUCUUGUAAAUGACCUUUUUAUAUCUCUGUGUUUUUUAAAAAUGUUAAUUUACUUGAGAGAGAGAGAGAAAGAGCAGGGUAGAGGGGGAGAGAGAGAAUCCCAAGCAGGACCACUCUCAGCAUGGAGCCCCACUAGGGGCUUGAUCUUACUACCACGAGAUCACAACCUGACUCGAUUAUCAAUAGUCAGACGCUCAAACGACUGAGCCACCUAGGUGCCCCUAUUGUUGUGUUUUUAAACUUAUUAAAAUCAUCUCUACAAUGUAUAAAUAGAACUUAAAACAUUUAUUGCUGUCUACGAUACCUGCACUUAGAGUUGCACACGACAUACUCUAAAUCUGUGACAAAGGCUACUUCAACAGCAAAGCAAGCAACCUGUCUUAUGGUCAGCAGAAUUAAAACUGACAUCAGUCAUGAGGAGAAAAUUUCUCUGCUCAUUAUGUUCCACAGUGGAUGAGAAAAUUGAAAAGGUGUAGAUUGCAAGGUAAAGAAGCUAAGGGUCAGUUGGCAAAGCAGUGCGAGGGACAGACAAGUGUGGGAAGGUUGAAGCAUCUGUCAUAGGUAGUAAGGCAAGCAAAAGUACAAGGCAGUAUAAGGAAGUCAGCUUGGGCAAGGAGGAUUAAGUGAGUCAGACUGACCAUGGGCCCAGAGUCUGGGCAAGCAACAGGAUUCAUUCAUAUCACGAAUACUUGUAGAUUUUGUCUCAUGUUCAUUGGUUACUGUGCUUGGUUGUUGAGGAUGUUAAAAUGAUUAAGGCAGGUUUCCUACUGUCAUUUUCAUCUAUAACAGUAGACAAUGCUAGUAGGUGUGAAAAGUUAGCUCUAGUUAUAUGAAUAAUACAAAGUCUGAUAGAAAUUGAGGAAAGAGCAAGAUCAGUUUCUUCUGGGAUAGGGAAAGUUUUAUGAAUCAGGUGACAAUUGAGCUGGGAUUAAAAAGGUUAUUAAGAUUGCAGUAGGCAGAGUUGGAGGCAUCAAGGAAAAGACUCUUUAAAUCCUGGAGAAAGGAAGAGAAAACAUAUAUUUGGAACACUAGUAUUCAAAAUGUGGUUCUUGGGCCAGUAGCAUCAUCUGGGAAUUUGUCAGGCCCUAGUCUGGAGCAGCUGAAUUCAAAACUCUAGGGAUGGGGCCAAGCAGUCUAGAUUUUAUAGCUUUUUAGGUAAUUCUGAAAUAUGCUAACUUUUCAGAGCAACUAUUUAGAAAAUAGCAAGGAAUGUUUUUAUUUAAAUUUUAGUUGAGUAUCUGUUGACAUACCUCAUACUGGCUGUACAAACAUAAGACAUAAUUGUAAUUUCCAAGGAACUUAAUCAAGUGGAAUAAACAAGACAAUUAUGCAUGGUGACGUGCUAUUAACAAACUAAAGUUGGGGGUGCUUAAGAGUACAUAGCAGGGUAGGGGUACCCAGCUGCGUCAGUCAGUGGAGCAUGUGACUCUUGAUCUCCAGGUUGUAGUUUGAGCCCCACACUGGGUGUAGAGAUUACUUUAAAAUCUUUAAGUAAAAAUACAUGGCAGGGGAGAGGCUUAAUCUAAACUGGGAUGAGGAUGAGGCAAUGAGAUGAAUGUCCCUCAGAGGAAGCUUCCUGGGAGAGAGGGUGUCUGAGCAGAGUCAAAGGAUGCGUAUUUAGCCAGUGGGAGAGGUGGUCUGCUUAGAGUAUUUGUUUAAAGCCAUAAGAUAUGCAAGCCUGUUUAGCCUGGUUGGAGGGUAGAGGAUUAGGGUGGAAAGGAGAAAGAGGGUGGUCAGGUAGAUUGAGGCAAGACCAUGGAGGGGCUUGCAUAUCAUAUGGAGUUAACAUUUUUUUCCCUAAAGCCAGUGGGAAGCUAUUAUUUUUAAGAAUGACAUUGUCUCAUUUACUUUUUUAGAGAGAUUAGUCUGGUAGCCAUGUGGAUAAUAAAGUAGAAUAAAAGAAUAUAGGUACGGGGACCAAUUAAGAAAUUAUUACAGUAAUUCAUGUGAGAAGUAAGGACUCAAAAAGAAUGUAGGAGCAGUGCAAAUGGAGAGGAGAGACCAAGUAUGAGACAUUUUAGGAGCAGAAGAUAGGACUUGGUGACUGUUGGAUUGUGGGUAAGGAAAGGGAUGAACCCUGUGUGGCUUCUGGCUUGGGUGACUGGAUAGAUGAUAGUGGUAUCCGUUCAGCAAAUAUUUAUUGAACACCUACUAGGGUAAGAUUCAGUUCUUCAUAUUCUAGGGGUAUAUGAAAAAUGCUGUCCCUGUCCUCAGGAAACUUCCAGUUUGUUGGUAUGACUUGUUUUAUCUCUAGUGUUCUCUCCUCAUUUGGUAAUCAGUGCUUGGAAUGCUAUGUUGCAAGAUUCUAAGUUCGUUAGGAUACAGUGCUGUGAAACAUUAACACUGCCUGCCACAUAGAUAUCAUGGUCUAGGAUAGAAGAAGCUUGGUAUUCUAAAGGGAAAUGAGGCAAGUUAUCCUUUGGAAAUGUGCUCACACUUUGAUGCUGAUGAAAUUAAAAGGCUAGGAAAGAGAUUUAAGAAGCUCGAUUUGGACAAUUCUGGUUCUUUGAGUGUGGAAGAGUUCAUGUCUCUGCCUGAGUUACAACAGAAUCCUUUAGUACAGCGAGUAAUAGAUAUAUUUGACACAGAUGGGAAUGGAGAAGUAGACUUUAAAGAAUUCAUUGAGGGAGUCUCUCAGUUCAGUGUCAAAGGAGAUAAGGAACAGAAGUUGAGGUUUGCUUUCCGUAUCUAUGACAUGGAUAAAGAUGGCUAUAUUUCCAACGGGGAACUCUUCCAGGUGCUGAAGAUGAUGGUGGGGAACAAUCUGAAAGAUACACAGUUACAGCAAAUUGUAGACAAAACCAUAAUAAAUGCAGAUAAGGAUGGAGAUGGAAGAAUAUCCUUUGAAGAAUUCUGUGCUGUUGUAGGUGGCCUAGAUAUCCACAAAAAGAUGGUGGUAGAUGUGUGACUCUUUCUAAAGAGUACCACCCAACACUUUUGCUUUCUUCUCCAUCUCUGAAGAUCUGCUCAAGACGUCCAGCAAUGCUCUCUGUGUAUUUAAAUGGAAGUAUUUUUCUCUGUGAAGCCACAUUUUCCAACACGAGCCUCAUGAAGCCAACUAAGUGUUAUUGAACUCUUAUUCUCUCAAUAACUCAGUGUAGCACUUUAAAGUCUGAAGGACAGCAACAUGAAAAGAGCAUAUCAAUGUGGUGAAGAAAGGGAAGGGGUUGGCUUUUUAAUUUAUUUUUCUUCAUCUUUUAUAACAAGAAAGUAUCUAUAUAUACAUAUGUAAAUAUUUAUAUAUAGAUAUAUGUAGCUUUCUAUAUGUGUAGGUUGGCUUUAAUUUAAUAUACUUGAUUCAGAAGCAAAAUGAUAGAGUACAAAAGUGCCAAGCAGAACAUAAAACAUCCUUACUUUUAUUUCACACAGUUUUAUAUAUAGAUAGAAAGUUGUACAAUUUGAGCCGGGUGUUAGGCCAGCUAUUUUCCUUUUCCUGUGCUUUCUCCUUUGAGAGAUUGACAAAGCAUUUGUUAACGUCCUAUUACUUACCUUAAUUACAUUUUUGUAACAGAGCAGUCUGUAAUUUUCUUUAUACCUAUGAAUAGAUUUCCAGGGACUAGGUCUCAAUGCAGCUCUGCUGCAUCUCUGCCUGAGGAGAAAGUACAGUGCAGUGCUGCCGCCAAGAGCUCCUCCUUGUGUUCCGGCAGGAACCGCACCAAGCUCACGGCUGCUUCGUGGUUACUUCUGAACGAGGAGCCAUUUUCCUUUCUUAAAUGUCCCUGAGUUAAAUGUAAGUUACCAGUUGUGGAAAGGCCGGAAGCUAUCUGAGGCAAUCACGAUUUAUUUUAAGACAUUACUCAAUGAAGAAUACCUGAAGUAAUCAUGGACUACUUAGGAUAUCCAUUCAUUUGUUUCAUUACAUGGGUAACAGUUUGUCAUUAAACUUCUGUUUGAACCGUAAAUUUCUUUUCCGUUUCAGAAGACUUACAGUUAAUCUGAAAAAUUGGUGAUAUUUAAUGUGCAUGUACAUAUCUAAACACCCAGAUUGGUGAUUUAAAUGGAAGAAGUCUUUUUAAUCUCUGUAUGCCACAGAAGAGCAAAAUUGUAUCAAAAUUUAUACCUCUCCUGUUUCUUUACCACAAGGCAUAGAGAGUGCAUGGUGGUUUUCUUUCUUGAUUUGCCCAUAUUUGUAAUGGAUGAUAACUGAAGAAAUGUGUGAUAUAAAAGUAGUGUAUCAUGUUCCACCACUUGAUAUUAUCCCUUCCCUUUUCUGCAAAGGUACUAUUGGCUGGAAGAGAACAUUUUGGUUAGCUUUCUAGGAAAGUAGUCUUCCCCUAUGUAGUUUUUCUAGAAAACCAGUUUCAUAAUCAUGAGUGGAAAAGGGCAGGUUGAAUCAAAGUAAAUGAAUCUUAAAUUGGGCACGCCUGCCUGCCAUCGCUGUUCCUUCAACUGAGUGCUGCACAUCAUGGGCUCUGUCUGUGAGAGAAAAAUCCCGGUGCUUGGUGUCUUUGCAUGACAUGGAGUUUUGCAUGUAGAUCAAUUUAAAAUGUACCUCUUGUUUACAUAAUUUGCAUAAUUUUAAAAGAUAAUGUUGCCAAACUUUGGAAAUGUUAAUGUUCAAACUGAGAAUCUCCACUACAUGUAACUUUCUUCCUCUGGAUCAGUACGUGGCUUAUAAUCCCAGCCAGUGGUUUGAUCUGUUCCAGUGUCAACUGCCAUGUGCUCUGCUUCAAGGGGGAACUAGUCUUUUGUGAAUUUUUUGUACAUAAGUAUUUGUUACAAAUAUUUUAGCAAAUGCUUUCUAUUUCUCUUGCUUGUGCAUAUCUUGGCUGGCGUUACAGAAAAAUAGUGCAAACAUAUUUCCUUACUGGGGAAUGAGGGUUUUUGUUUUUUUUUUUUUUCUUUUUCUUUUUUAGUGGGGGUGGGGGAGGGGUUUAUGUUGAAUGUUUAGUUUUUUCUUCUGCAUGAAACGUCAUGUUGUGGGAUCUUUAGAAAACUUCAUACUGUAUGAAUAAGAAAAUAAAAUAUUUGAAACUUG